CUUAUUAUUCCGCAAAAAAUAGUUUCAGCGGCGGUGAGUAUCCAUCCCAAAUAAUUUGACAGUGUAAUAUCGCAGCCUCAUGUUUCACGACUCGUUGUUCCAUUCAUCAACAACACUAAUUAACCACAUCAUCAUAUACUUAUAUCAUAGCCUCAUCACAUUUUUCAUUUUCCCAAUUUUUCUAUUCUUUCACACACACCACACCACAUGGCUUCAAUUUCUAGUGUCUCUGCUCCGAACCUCACUUUCCCGAAGCAAAACCUCUCAGUUACCUUCCCUCUCAAACGUCCCUCACUUCUUCAUUUCCCUUCCCAACCACUAUGCCUCUGUCUCAACUCCGUCUCCGACGACAACCACAGCAAUACCAACAACAACGACGCUGCUAACCGCCGAUGGGAUUCGGUGCUCCACGAAUUCGUCUCCGGCGCUAUCAAACAAUUCGAUUCGUAUAUGAAAUCGCUCAGGAGUGGCCGCGCCGCCGCCAAAGAACGUGGUGAUGUUAACGAUGAAGAAUGGGAUUGGAAUCGCUGGCGCCAACAUUUCGAAGAGGUUGACGACCAAGAACGUCUUGUCACCAUCCUCAAGGCUCAGUUACGUCAUGCUGUAUAUGUGGAGGAUUAUGAAGAAGCUGCUAAGCUUAAGGUGGCGAUUGCAGCGGCAUCUAACAAUGACAGUGUUGGAAGAGUGAUGUCUCUUCUCAAGAGAGCCAUAAAAGACGAGCGGUACAGUGAUGCGGCUUUUUUAAGAGAUAAAGCUGGGGCUGGACUCGUGGGUUGGUGGGCUGGUAUUUCAAAAGAUAUUAAUGACCCACAUGGCUUAAUUAUUCGCAUAACCCCAGAGCAUGGAAGAUAUGUGGCAAGGAGUUAUAGUCCUAGGCAACUUGCAACAUCUGCUGCUGGUGUUCCUCUAUUUGAGUUUUUUCUUACAAUGGAUAAAAAAGGUGAAUUCAAGUCGCAGGCUGUGUACCUAAAGCGAAAAGGAUCCUACCAUGGUCCUCCAACAUCGUCGUCUAAAACAUUGGAUGCUAGUGGGAGAUCGAAUUCAGUGGAGUCUACAGAAGACAAAAGUGAGUUGUUUGUUGUGACUACUGAAGAUCCAGAAAGUGGUGAUGAUAGGAGUGAUGGCUCUGACCCUGCUGAUGGAAUGCCUGGAUUUCAGAAUGUCUUGAAAGAUAUGAUUCCAGGUGUGAAGGUGAAGAUUUUCAAAGUGAUAACUCCAGAGAAAGUAGACAAGGAUCUAAUAUCUAAGGUGAUUGAGCAGAUAAUUGAGGAAGAAGAGAGUGGGGAUGAAGUUGAAGAUGGGGAAGAUGAUGAUGAAGAAGAAGAUGCCGAUGACGAUGAAGACGAAGAGAAGGAAAAUGAUACAGAAAGUCUGGAACUGGAAGACAUUAAGUUGGAAAGUGAUCAAGAGGGAGACAGUGAGAUUGAGAUAAAUGCUGAUCUUGGAACUUUUGAAAGUGAAGAACAGAAUGAAAUUGCUGUCAAAGUUGUCAUUGGUGGUCUUGUGCAGAAACUUUCCAGUAAUUUGUCACCUAGAGAUUUGCUUCGAGUUCCUGCUAAACUGGAGAUGAAGGGGCGUGGUUCAUUUUCUUUUACUGUUGAAAAAGAAGUCAAUCUGCAGGAUGGUCAUGACAAAGGGAAAUCUUCAACAGAUAAAUCAAUUAAGUUUCAAGGUCGUCGCAGAGCUGAUCAUGUUGCUUCUGACCUUGCUAAAUUCAUUGGCAAGGGAAACGUACCUGCAAAGGUGCUGAAAGAGGUAGGAGAGUUGAUAAGUCUCACACUAAGCCAGGCUCAGAAUCAUCAACCAUUAUCUGGGUCAACUAUUUUCAAUCGCAUUCAAAUACCAACCUCAUUUGAUCCUUUAAACGGCUUAUAUGUUGGUACAUAUGGUCUUCACUCUUCCGAAGUUAUUCAAAUGAGACGUAAAUAUGGUCAAUGGCAGGAGGACGGUAGGGCAGAAGAGCCAUCGGAUCUUGAGUUUUAUGAGUAUGUAGAAGCUUUGAAACUAACUGGGGAUCCUUAUGUACCAGCUGGCCAGGUGGCAUUUCGUGCAAAAAUCGGAAAGAGGUAUCAACUUCCACAUAAAGGGAUAAUUCCUGAAGAAUUUGGUGUGAUUGCUCGCUAUAAAGGUGAAGGGAGGUUGGCUGAGCCAGGGUUUCAGAAUCCUAGAUGGGUUGAUGGUGAACUUGUGAUUCUUGAUGGAAAGCACAUAAAAGCAGGACCUGUUGUUGGAUUUGUGUAUUGGGCCCCCGAGUAUCAUUUUUUGGUCUUCUUCAAUCGGCUUAGACUUCAACAAUAAUGUUUCGUUGUUCAUACUAUCAGAGAGUUGUAAAUUCUUUCUUCAGAUUUUUAGCUUUAUUGUCAGUUCCAGGUUUCAAGGAAUGCUAAACUCGUGUACUUCAGUGAAAGAUAUCAUCAUUCAAUGCAGGAUCUUCCAAUUAAGUGUAAAAUAGCCUUCUGCCAAGCAGCAUAGAAUUUGAGCACUGGGCUGCUUGUGUAGUUCAUAAUAUCAGCACUAAAGCACAAUGAAAUGUGCUGGUGACUGGUGGAAUAAAAAUAGGGCGAAAGCUUAUCCUGUUUAGGAAGCUGAGUUAUAGAGGAAAAGAAAACGUGGGUAACAUCUGAUUUUUAUUUUUCCAAGGUGAUUUAAUACUAUGGAGGCCCUUCUUGCAUUUCAUUUUUUCUGAAAGCAGCUAACAUUACAGGCACUUUCUGUGAUCUAGUUUGACAUUCCAAGGUCCAUGAAUCAGCAUGCUUUGGUUUACAUCUGGUUGCUUUUAAUUAAAGGAGUUUGCUCUAUUUUUGGGGAUAAAAUCCACUCCCAUACCCUGGAGAGAUUAAAGUAUUACUAUAAAGGAGAGAGAGAUUUAUAACUUAUUCAAAGCUCUCCAAAUUAAUGUUUUUUUAUUCAGUUCCUCCAUAUUCAUGGAUUUUAAUAUAAUAAAGAAAAACAAAUCUCUUUUCAUUUUCUCUUCCCUUUAUUUUCUCAAUCCUCUCCGAUUUUCGAUCUACAACCAAUCUCAUGCAUAUUUAUAUGUACAAUUUAUAUUUACUUAUUUGUUAUCAAAUGUGAGAAAUAGAUGGAGCGCUCCACCUAAUUGAUUAA